ACUUAUUUGUACAGGAUAAAGAAGUGGCAACUUUAAUCGAAAACCUUUACACCAAGUUCAAAAUGUACGUUACCAAAUACGAAUCUGCCGAUACGAAAGAGGCCAGUCAACCACUGUUCUCCCAUUUGGAGAGGAUCAACGAUUUCCUGGUCAAGAGAGGCACCCGUUUCCUCACAGGUGAUACAAUGUCAUGUUUUGACUGUGAACUGAUGCCAAGAUUGCAACACAUCAGGAUUGGAGCUAAAGCUUUUAGAAAGUUUGAAAUCCCGACCAGAUUCCAAGGAUUAUGGAGGUAUAUGGAGAACAUGUACGAGCUGGAGGCGUUCAGACAGAGCUGUCCCGCCGACCAGGACAUCAUCAGCCACAUCAAGAACCAGCUGGGCCUGAGGACCACCGCCAGGAUAGAAUUGGAAACGCCGGUCUACACCACCUCCAUCCCCAUCCUAGACUCGUAAAGAUAUUUCUUUUCGUUUAUAGUUUUUUUUUCGUUUGUACGUUCGUUCGUUGUUCACCAGUCGCAUUAGACCUUAAAAUACUACUAAAACCAUAAAUAUAUAAUUUUUAACGGCUUAAUAAUGGUGCAGCGUGGCUAUUACGACACGUUUUUCUUUUAUCGAACUUUUUCUGACACAAAGUAACAUUUUUAGUAUCUUAAAAGAAUUUUUUUCUGAUCCUCCAACAUCGUUAUUUUGAGCACUACAUUUUUGUCAGACUUUGACACCAAAAGAAUCAGUCUACCGUAACUUAAGAAAUACUGGUAAUUGAUGCUCAGAAAAAAAAAUAUUUUUUUCUGAUCCUUUAACAAUUUUUUUUAGGUACAUUUUCUUAAACUUUGACAACGGAGAUCAAUCUGCCGUAACUUAAAAAAUUCUGGUAGUUGAUACUCAGAAAAAACCUUUUUCUGAUUCUUUAACAUCUCAAUUAUAAGUAUUAUAUUCCCGCAGGCUUUGAAAACACGAGAAUAAAUCUGCUAUAACUUAAGAACUAUUGAUAAUUGAUGCUCAGAAAAAGAAAAAAAAAUUCUGAUCUACCUUUGUUUUAUAGGGAAGUUUAUCAUUUUUGUUUAGGUUGUCUCUGACAAAAAGUCAUUAGCUCAAGAAAUGAUUUUAAGUAUUGCUCAGAAAAAAUUAUAAUCUACGUCAGUUUUAUACCAAAAAUUAAACUGCGGUUUCUUUAGACUUUCUCUGUGAAUAAAAUCGAUCUCUGGUGAUUGGUGCAGUUUUUUCUGGUUCUCGACAGUUUUAUAUU